UGAGGUUUCCGGGAACAGUGAACGCCUCUUAAUGAGCGCAAACAAACUGCAGCCAGAGAGAAGUGAAAGUGACAGCGGGAGUUCACACCGAAGCACGGGGACAGAGAGACGGAUAGAAAACCGCUGAACGUAACACCGACGUGUUUUAUGACAGGAACAAGUUUAAAGCCGCAGAACUGGUUUGCUUUGUUUCCUGUUGCUAUAAAGUCGACUUGAGUCGCACUUUGAAUGCCCUGAGUCCACUGACAGCUUCAACGGAGACACGGACAGACACGCUACAGACAUGGAGAAUGGAAAGAGCCGCCUGCAGCAGACCCAGGAUGACGUGGAGGAGGUGAAGGUCAUCAUGCUGGACAACCUGAAUAAGGCUGAAGAGAGAACCGGCAAACUGGGUGAGCUGGAGGACCGGGCUGAUGUUCUGCUGGAAAAGAGUAAAGCCUUUGAAAAGACUGCCAACCAGGUGAAGCAAAAGAAAAGAUGGGAGAACAAGAAGAUGAGGGUGGUCUUUAUCGCCAUUGGAGUGGUAGCAGGACUCAUCAUUGUGGGACUUAUCAUCUUUGCUGCUGUUGGAUAACAUACGAAGACUAUAGCUUUGCUGUUGACGAAAGGAAAAGGGUGUUGGGACUGAAGGACAUGAUGUGAAUAAAGAUAAGAGGUCAUGGAAAAAGGAGUUUUUACUGCUGGACUUCAGCAUUUUGCCUGAACUGCUCAGUCUGUGAUAUUUCUGUGUUAUGAGAUAUUUAAGGGGAUAUCAUUCCCAGUCUUCACUUGUGUAAGUCUUCAGUUGAUAUGGUACCAUUGAUUGCUUGGCUGCUUCUUCCAAUGUCUUUCUUUACUUUUUAAAGGUCGUGUCUGCACAGCCCAAAUUGGAAGGACGCAAAAUUCACAUGGAGAUUAAAAUUCUUAAAAGUCUGUUAAAUGGACAUCCACAGAAUCAAACCAGUCCACUCUUCUCCCUGUAAUAUCUUACUGUCAUGAGAAUUUGAGAAGUUGUUGAAAUUGCCCCUAAUAUCAAGUGCUCUGGUGCCACCCACCUCUUUAAGUACAAGUAAUAAUUUCAAGCAAUUUUAUGCAAACACCGUCAGGUUGCUACUGUUGUAAUUUGUACACUAGCUCACAUUCAUAACUCAAAAUUCAUUUAAUGAUUCAGAGGAUGACAGGAGAGAACAUGCCAAACUUUGUUAACGUGCCAGCUUCGGAUCGCUUCAGAUAGGAAGGAUUGAACAAUUGUAUUGAAACACGAUAUUUCAGAAAAUGAUUGUCCUUAAAUCAUUAAAAUGUGUGUGUUUUUUAUUUUAGUUUUAUUUUUCAUAGUUGCAGUCUCAUAUUAUUCCCUGAAACACAGAUUAUAAGGUCUUCUCAUUUUGAGCUGGUCCAUAUAUCACACCAAUGUGGAAGAAGUGAAAGGAGAUUUUUGGUUAUUUUGGCAAAUUUUGGCAGUCUACAUGAAUGUUUGGGCCUGGGCCUGUCAAUAGUGAAUUCAAAUGUUUCUGUUGAGAAUAACCAGUGACUCCUGGUGGUGAAUGUUUGUACUUCAGAGAAAUAUGCAGAGGGCAAAAUGCCUUGCAGCUAUAUGUCUGUUGUAUAAUCAGUUUAAACAGUUCACUUCUGUGUUAUUAUUGACACUUACUGUUUGCUAAUUAUGUGAAACUUUCAAAUUUAAUUUGACCUCAAAUAUUGUGAGACAACAUUGAAUAUGAGAUGCAGGUGGUCUGUUUGGACACAAAUCAGAACCAUCAGUGUCUACUGCUGUUAAACCAACCAUGUGAAUCUAUUCCAAUAAUGUAAACACAAUUAAAAUAUUGCAGUUAACAUGCAGACAUAUUCUAUAUUGUACAUGAACAUUUAAUGAAAGGAUCUGUUAGGAUUGUCAUGUUACUCUUAUUUCAGUCCACUGCUUCAGAAUUUGGGUUAAGUUGUGUCACCGUUGCACUCUAGUUUAAAAUUACAAGAUAUUUACACCUAGAGAUGGUGUGCAGUAAAGCCAAACAACAGCACUGUCCAGAUAAAGUGGAUUGUUAUAAUGAUUUGCCAUGUUGAUUUAAAUGAUAUUGUAGUUACUAUAGUGAUAAGGUCUGCCUUUGUUUGUUUGAUAAUUUGCAGAGUUUAUAGUGUACUAUGAGUUUGCAAUAAACUGAAUCUUUGUUCCAUGUUU